AUGAAUUGGGGUCUAAACAGGACCACAAGUAUCAGGAAGACGAUCAGACCUCAGGUAUUUGGUCUUGACUACUUUCUAUGCCCUCCAUUUCUGUUCAUGAACGGUUCUCAUCGGGCUGAGGAGCACUCGUCAUAUCUUGGGUUGAAGCACGCCAUGAAAGUAUCUCAUGGCCGAGACGCGGCGUGCUUUGGAUUUGAUUGUUGUGGCGAGCAACGGCGUAAGUUGGAGAAAGGCCGCCUCUCCACAUUCGUCGUAGACUGUGGAGCUUACAUCUCAGAUUACCUGUCGCAGCUUCGAUGCUGUCUCUGCUGCUGCUUCUACCUGGUCUUCUGGAACCAGGCUAUUUUGGUCAAGAUCGAACCGGUUUUGAAUAAUCGUACCCCGCAAACAGACCAAGCUUUCAGAACUCGCACUGCGAGACUUCUAAUCCGGUUUGGCAACGCCUUGGGAAAAGAAGAACCAUAUUCAGAUACCGACUCAAAGAUUGGAUUGGUACCGUUGCAGCUGAUUUCUUUGGGGCACAUAUUGUACUCGGAGUACGGUGACCAGUACCUAUCGUACGGCACGCAUAAUCGAGAUGCAUUUCUAGAGAUGACCACGUAUGGCCCAUACCGCUUGGAUGUGGAAAAAGAUAUUGAGCUACGUAGCGGAGGUAGCUAUGCUCUAAGCCACAUGUCUAAGAUCUAUGCCGGCGAUCUUAUUCCCGAAUUCGUGACAAUCAAAAGUCACGACGCUAAUCACCCCGCUCCCAAUAAGGAUUUACUGGCAUUACAUGCAGCAGUUGGAAAUACCCUGCAUGCCUCUAGACAUGGCGAAUCGAUUGAAAAGACCCUCAAGCAUAUCGAAGACGGUGCUGACAACGUUAUGGCUCCAGAUGGGAGCACUGUGUGGUCCCUUCAAGGCCAUAAUAGCUUUCCAAACCUCGAAAUGAUGAGGUAUUGCAAUGCCGAACGCAACCCCCAUGCGUACUUGUACCCCCGAAUUCCAAGAUAUGUGGGAGGAAGCGCGCGGCUCACUGUUUUCCCAGCAGACUUGCCAUCUGCGUAUGAGGCCGAACUAUCAAGCCUUGACCACAAAUCCAGACUCACUUCCAACUUCUGCAGAAUUCUGACGCAUACGCACGUUGCAACAUUUUCGGAAAGAGCCGAGUCCUGGGUGUCUUUAGUCAGACCUAAAGCAAAGCUCGCGCAUGCGGCAUGCCUAAGAGAACAGAGUCGAUGGCAGGUGCCGUCCAUGGUCGACAUUCGCCCUUUGCUUCUGAUCUCAACAUGUGCAGUCAAUAUCGAAGGGAAAUCAGAACCCGCUGAUGACAUAGACCACACUCUCCUGGAUUGAGAUGUGGGACUUGUAUAUGACUUAGAAUCAGAGACUCUACUGCUCUGCAAACAUCGCAAAGAAGCAAAACCUCUGAAAUAAGCACGAAUGCCAUUAACAGCUGUACCGCAAUUGCAGGACUCAUUCUGGUCGGAAACAAGAAUUACCUUCCGCAGAGACGCCUGCAAUGCGGGUACAGAUAGGACUGGAUGAUCAACGACUUCAAUAAGCCCACAAAACAGAAAUCCUUCCAGAGACAUCUGAACGCGGAGCAGAAUCAGCCUUCAAUCUGCUUAUUGCG